AUGUAAAACAUAAUGCUUAUUAAUCAUAUAUAUAUAUAUGCUUAUAUGAUUACAUAUCCUGAAAAUCAUGUUGGAAAAGUUAUUUUAUAUAAAGCAAUACAAUAUUAAGAUAAAUUAUAAUCAUUUAUUAUUAAUAAUACAUAAAUUGGCAUUUUAAAAAUUUAUUUGAGGAAUAAAAAUCUUAUUUAUAUAUGUUAAUGUUUAUAAAAAGAAGAUAAUGUUUUUUUUUUAUUAAUAAAUUAAAUAUAUAUAUAUAUAUAUAUAUAUAUAUAUAUAUUAUGUUUUAUUUAUUUAUAAAUUAUAUUUUUUAAAAAUUUAAUAUAUAAGAUUAAUUUUUAUUAAUACACUUUUUUAUUUUAUUUAAAUAAAAUAAAAGAAAAGAACAUUAUAUAUAUUUAUUUAUAUAUAUAUAUAUUUGAAAUAUGA